AUGCCAGUUGUGAACGUGAAGAAAAACAGGUUGCUUGAACGUCUUGAGCUUCCUUUGACAUACUCCGAUGAAGAAUUCAGUCAGUUAUGUUUUGAUUUUGGUAUUGAAUUGGAUGAUGUUACUUCUGAAAGAGAGAUGAAAGAAAAGGAACACGGAUCACUUUCAAAGGAGGAUUUGAAAUUACUCUCAGAAGAUGCUGAUGAAGUCAUCUAUAAAAUUGAAAUACCAGCUAAUAGAUACGACUUGUUGUGCGAAGAAGGGUUGUGCCGAGCCUUGAAGAUUUUCCUUCAAAAAGAACUUGCUCCAGUGUAUUCAAUUGAUAAUAGCGUUGUUGGAGGUGAGAGCAAGUUGCUGAAAAUUAUCGUAAAGAAGGAAACUCAACAAGUCCGUAGAUAUGUUGUUGGUGCAGUGUUGAGAAAUAUUACUUUUGAUGAAGCUAGAAAGAAGAGUUUUAUGGAUUUGCAGGAAAAGCUCCACCAAAAUAUUUGUAGAAAGAGAACACUUGUUGCCAUUGGUACCCAUGAUUUGGACACAAUCAAAGCUCCAUUCACCUAUGAAGCAUUGCCUCCAUCUCAAAUCAAAUUUGCUCCAUUGGGUCAAACCCAACAAUUCACAGCAACAGAAUUAUUCAAUUUUAUUGAUACUGACGAAAAGCAAAAACAUUUGAGACCAUACCUUAAGAUUAUCAAAGACAGCCCUGUUUAUCCUGUUAUUUAUGAUUCAAACAGACAAGUUUUGUCUCUUCCACCAAUCAUUAACUCUGAUCAUUCCAAGAUCAAAGUUUCAACAAAGAACGUUUUUAUUGAAUGCACAGCCACAGAUUUAACCAAAGCCAAGAUUGUGUUGAAUACUAUGGUCACAAUGUUUGCUGAAUAUUGCUCAAAACCAUUCACAGUUGAGCAAGUUAAAGUAGAAUAUGAAGAUCAUACUCAAUCUGCCAAUGAGAUUACACCUAUUCUUGAUGAUGUGGAAUUCUCUUGUACUACCGAUUAUGUCAACAACAGACUUGGAUUGGAUUUGAGUGUUGAAAAGAUGGCAGAACUUUUGAAGAGAAUGCAAUUGAAUGCGUCUGUUGUGAAUGAAAAGACGUUGAAGGUUCUUGCUCCACCAACCCGUAGCGAUGUUUUACAUGCAUGUGAUAUUAUGGAAGAUGUUGCCAUCGCAUAUGGUUACAAUAAUAUUCCAAAAACUUUCCCAAAGUCUUCAACUAUAGGAAAGGAAAAUGAGCUGAACAAAUUGUCUGACAUGAUGCGUUUAGAAAUGUCAAUGGCUGGAUAUACAGAAGUUUUGUCGCUAAUUCUCUGCUCUCACGAUGAAAUCUUCACAUUCAUGAGAAAGCACAACGAUGGAAAGAGCGCUAUUUCUGUUUCUCAAUCACAAACUAAGGAAUUCCAAACAGCAAGAAUUAGCUUGAUUCCAGGUUUGUUAAAGACUUUUCAAAGCAACAAGAUCUUGAAAUUACCAAUCAAGUUGUUCGAAUGUGGAGAUGUCGUUUUGAUUGAUGAAACCAAGGACGUAGGAACAAGAAAUAACAGAAGAUUAGCAGCUCUCUUCUCUUCUGAGACAUCUGGCUUGGAACUUAUUCAUGGCUUGGUGGACAGAGUGAUGGAAGUUUUAGCUGUUCCAUUCGAAUUUGAGCAUGAAAAGGCUGGUACAAGAGACUGCUAUUCUAUUUUCCCAUCGAACGAUGAGAGCUUUUUAGAAGGAAGACAAGCCAACAUUUACUACAAGGGUAAAAAGAUUGGUAUCUUUGGCAUUAUUCAUCCAUUGGUGCUCAAAAACUUUAAGAUUCAACUUCCAGUCUCCGUUUUUGAAAUUGAUUUGGAACCAUUCCUUUAA